UGCAGCUGCUGUUCGCGUACCCACCCCGCUCGUCCGUCCGGCCCUUUCUGCACUGUCAUCUGCCCCGGUGAGGCUCAACUCCGGAGUGGGGCCAUCCGAAACGCUCCGGACCACAAGCCCGACUCCACCCAGCAGGGAGGGAAAGGAAACAGAUUGGGCAGAAUCCGGGGCCUCACCACCAGCAGCUGAGCUCUAAGCCCAAAUGGGCAACGUGCAGGAGCGGCCAUCGGAGACCAUUGACCGGGAACGAAAACGGCUGGUAGAGACAUUGCAGGCAGACUCUGGGCUGCUGCUGGAUGCGCUGGUGGCCCGGGGCGUCCUCACUGGGCCCGAGUAUGAAGCCUUGGAUGCGCUGCCUGACGCAGAGCGCAGGGUGCGCCGCCUACUGCUGUUGGUGCAGAGCAAGGGCGAGGCAGCCUGCCAGGAGCUACUGCGCUGUGCCCAGCAAACAGUACGCAUGCCAGACCCGACCUGGGAUUGGCAGCACGUGGGGCCUGGCUACCGGGACCGCAGCUAUGAGCCUUCAUGUCCAGGCCACUGGACGCCAGAAGCACCCAGUUCAGGGACCACAUGUCCUGGGCUGCCCAGAGCUUCAGAGCAAGAGGAGGUCGAAGGUCCUGAGGGCUCUGAGGCAGUGCAGCCUGGAACUCCAGAGGAGCCAGAACUAGAAGCUGAAGCUACUGAAGGGGAUGAGCCAGACCUGGAACAAGAAAUGGAUCCGGAACCAGAGGUAGAACUGGAGCCGGAGCCGGAGCCGGAGGCGGAACCAGACCCAGACCCGGAGCCUGAGCCAGAGACUGACUUCCAAGAAGAGGAUGAGUCUGAAGGUUGUGAGAGCACCUAAACCCUUGCUUGCAGGCUUGUUAGAGGUUGUGGACUGGGAAGUGGAGGUUGAUCCCCAUUCCACUGACCAUCAUUUUCAUCUUUAGAUUCCUGAGGGCCAGAAUCCUUACCUGUUCAUAUCCUAUUCAACCUGGAUAAGACCUGGAAACCUGCCAGAGAUUGACCCCAUCAGUACACCAAGAUUCCAUUUACUCCCAAAUGAAUAAACUCGGGAGGGUUAGCCUGGACCUAACUCUCCACAAUGCUGGCUCUUUGCUCAAGAACUGAGGGUGGGCAUGGGUCUGAAUCCCACUGACCUGAGCAGGCUUGUGUGAAAAUACCCCCACGCCCUCAACAGCAUCCCAAAAUAAC